AUGGGUUUACCAAUAUUAUCAAAUCGUAAAAGAGUAAUUUUGCCAAUAUAUAAACAAACAGAUCAUACACCAGCAUUUUACAAAGAUUCUAUUACAAAUAAAUUAAUCCCAACCGCUUAUUUUCUAAAAAAUUUAGAUGAAAUUGGUCCACAACACUGGCAAAAUAAUUUAUCUUCCGAUUUCUUAUUAAGAGUCGUCAGGACGACUGAAAUCGAUUAUUAUUUAUUGGCGACACAAUCGGGCUUCUUCAAUCAACUGCUAGGUCCAAUAAAUUCAUCAGGAAAUCGUUCUAAAUAUUCAAAUACUUUAACAAUUCCAAUACCUUAUCCUGAAGUUUUUGAACCCAUACUACAUUGGCUUUAUCAUCAUGAUGAUGAUGCUUGGUUAGAUUUAAUUAAUACGGAAAAUUUUCCUAAAUUCUAUGCCAAUGUAUCAUUCUUAAAGUUAGGAAGAGAGGCUUAUGAUAUAUUAGAUACUUUUAUUGAAGAAGUUGAAGAAACUGGCGUUGAUAUUAAUUUUGAAGAUAUAGUUGAAUUAUACUAA